AUGUGUGGAGGGAGGAUCGAAGAUAGAGAUUGCAGUGAUUUUUUGAAGUUGAAGGAACAAUUUCUUAUCGAAGAUAGGGUCGAAGCGCUCGAGGAUUUUAGGGAUGAAUUUAGGGAUUUAUGCAAGAAACAACGUCACGGCGCUGACAUGUAUAUGUUGCCUGAGACACGUCCUCCACGUCAGAGCCAUGUUGGAUUAAAUGGCCGGACAGGUUGGCAUUGGUCGGCCGGUAAUGUGGUCAAUGCUUGGUCUUGCAAAAUACCAAAAGGUUGGGUAUCGAAUUGCCAAGGUCGCAAAGUGGUGACAGAAACGCAAAAGUCGAAAAGGUCGUGA